ACUACUUAUAAUAAUAUGGGCAUUGCGCUUAGACGGCAGUCUGAUAAGCAAUUAGAGCAGAUUCGCAAGCAGGAAGAGAUUGAAAAAAACAUGUCCAUGCAAUUGCAAGUAUUGGAAAAGGAGGCAGCAGCAAAAGCACCCUUGCUAGAGAAGGAAAAGCGUAAAGUCGCUGAUCUAAUGCAACAAGUGAGCCAGUAUAAAGAGCGAUUUGACAGAGCAUCUCAGCGCUGUGAUCAGUUGGUGACCGUUGUAAAACAAAAAACCGAGUUGGUUGAACAUGAGCUGGAUGCAAAACGCAGGCUACAGGAACAAAUGGAUCUGUUGAAAAAGAAAUUGGAAACAGUGACAAACACCCAACCGCAAGGCGACGCCAGUUUACUAAAGCAGUUGGAGGAGUACAAGCUUUUAUUAAAAUGUCAAAGUUGCAGCAACAACUUCAAGAGUCACGUCUUGCUCAAGUGUAUGCAUACGUUUUGCAAAGAUUGCAUCGACAAGAUCUACAGCUCACGGCAGCGGAAAUGUCCAGCAUGCGGCACAGCGUUUGGUCAACAGGACGUGAAACCUGUUUAUCUUUAAAUAUAGUGAUAUCCAUGAACUCGUAUUUAUCCCACUUACAUAUCUUUUGUGCUUUAACAAAUCGGCAUGUCAAAUCUCCGUCCAUCGUUUCUACUUAUGAUGGCAAAUGUGUUUUAUUUCCACAUCUGUGCACACCAACGUACAUUUGGGGUUUAUCUAAGCUACUGUUUCUCUAGUUGGUCAGAUGGAAAUGAACAACGGUAUUCAGCCUUUUCUGUUUUAUAGCUCAACUCAGCCAUGGACACUCUUGGAUACCAUUUGAAUCAGUGAUUGGGUUCAAGUCCAGUUUUAAUUCAUUUCAAAUAAAAAAUCGAUUUACAACC